AAAAAGCAAAGCACAUGUAAGGUUUUCUCACUCGGACAUCUGUACUACUGAAUCAUCUGGAAACAACGCAAAUAAAAUAUUUUAAAAAGAAGAACCUACAGAGUUCUCUGCCAUGUCAUUCUCACCUAGUUUCCUGUCCGAAGAUCAACUGCUGUGUUCCAUCUGCUUAGAUGUGUUUAACAAUCCAGUAUCUAUACCCUGCGGCCACAACUUCUGCAUGGCCUGCAUCGGUAAGUACUGGGAUUCAUCCAAGCACUGUCAGUGCCCCCUCUGCAAGCAGAAUUUCAAGAGAAAGCCCGAUCUCCACAUUAAUGGAACUCUCCGUGAGAUCACCGAACAGUUCAAGCAGAUGACAAGCAAAACAGGAUCCUGUAGGGGGGUUGGCAGAGGUAGGGCAGUUGAGAAAGAAGGAAGACCACAGGGGUCAGUGGAUGAAACAGAAAGACUAGGCCAUCUUCAAGGUGAUCGCUUUAAUGACAUGAAUCAGAAAUCUUCCUCUAACAAUAAAACAGGACCUGUGGAAACUGUCACAGCAAAUGCAGAUAGUGCAGAUGGCACUCCGGCACCAGUUUUAACAAGAGUAGCUUCCAUGCGAAGGUUUACACUGAGUGGGGCUGAAAAAGGUAUGAAUCUGCCUCUUUGUCCAAAACACCAUCGAAACUUGGAACUGUUCUGUCAAUACGAUAAGGAAUGUAUUUGUGUGGAGUGUGGACAAACAGAACACCAAUCACACAACGUGACAUGCGCUGAUAAAGAGUGGCAAAGUAAUAAGAUGAAAAUAAGUAUCAUGGACAGUGAGAUACAAGAGAUGACCAAAGAGAGACUGCAAAAAGUGGGGGAGAUCAAACAAUCACUGACCGAAAUAAAAAUGCUCGGCGAGCGCGAGACCCAAUGCAGCAUGCAGUUUAUUGGAGCUUUGAUUAGGUCCAUCGAGUGCAGCCAGGCAGGGCUGUUGGAGGUGAUUGAGAUGAAUUGUUGCUCUGCAGAACAUAAGGCUGAGGUGAUGAUCAAAGAACUGGAAGAGGAGAUCACACAGUUAAGGAAGAGAAGUGCUGCGUUGGGUAAAGUUGCCCAAAUUAAAGACUACUACGCUGGACUAAAGAGUUAUUCUGAUAUCAUUAUGCCACUCUCAAUGAAAGACUGGGCAGGUGUUUCAUUAACAUCCGACCUUGGAACGAAAGCAGUUUACAUCUCUAUCUGUCAGCUACUAGAACGAUUCAAGGAGGAACUUCAUAAACUACCUGCGAUCUGCCUUUUAGUGUCCCCUGAACAAUCACCAACGAAGUCUCUCCCAAAAAUAAAGAGAAUACAGGAGUAUGCAGUGGAGGUGACCCUGGAUCCCCACACUGCCCAUCCUCGCCUCAUCUUAUCAGAGGACUGGAAGAAGGUGUGGUGCAGUGAAAGGCACCACCUAGUUCCCAACAACCUUGAACGGUUCGACCGUGUGGUCUGUGUACUGGGACGCGAGGGAUUCUCUAGUGGUCGACACUACUGGGAGGUAGAGGUUGGUGGGAAAACCGACUGGGACCUGGGGGUGGCUUCUCAGUCCAUCAGUAGAAAGGGUAAGAUCAUGGUUAGCCCCAGCAACGGCUACUGGUUUCUUAGCUUGCGGGACAAAAACAACUAUGCUUUUAGGACUGAACGUUCCACUGCCCUACCCCUCAGCCUGAAACCGCAGAAGAUAGGGGUGUUUGUGGACUAUGAAAAAGGUCAAGUGUCAUUUUAUAAUGUGGACGCAAAAGUACACAUCUACACUUUCAUGGAUAAAUUCUCUGAGACUAUUUAUCCGUUCUUCAGUCCCUGUACCAACAAAACGGGCAAAAAUGAUGCUCCGCUUGUGAUUACGCCUGUCCUUUUUUGACUGAUCAUAGAGAAAGAGAAGGUCUGAAAAUCUGUGAUCUGAAAUGUUUAAUGCUUUUUUGUCUGUCAGCCAAUUGCACAAUUUUAAGUGAAAACACUGGAAAAACAAUCAAAUCUGGUUUAAUAUUUAAAAUCUAUUAACUUUACCGCACGCUCAAACGCAGCUUGAAAAUAAUCCUUGUAACCAGAUUACAAACUUUUUGUGUAAACGUAUAGCAGCAAAUGCUAUUGUAUCAAUAUCCUCUUCCUAUCAGAUACAGGAAAUAAAUAAACUAAUUUUCUCAUAUUUCAUUUAGCCUAUCAGUAAACUGUAGCUCAGUGGUAAGAGCAAGGUAGUGGGUUCGAUCCCAGGAGAUUGCAAAUACCUAUGUAAAAUGUAUAGGACAAAGCAAUGUUAGAAGCGUUUGGAUAAAAGCAUCUUAUAUAAACUCCCUACUCUUUAAAACUGCACCUUAUCUACACUAGAGAGUGCUCUUGUGAUCAUGAUGAACAAUGAUUUCAGAAUGCAAAUGGCAAGUUACUGCAAGUAGGGCCUACAUUUUCUCCCUUUCUUUUACCCACCUCCUUUGCCUCUGACCGCUUAACCUAUUACAUUCCACUCUUUCUCUCCUUUUAACACGUGACGUGUAUCAUUCAAGACAUGGCCCAUAGUCACAUCAUUGCGGUGACGUAGGCUUACACGUUGCCUUCUAAUUAAACUGUUUAUCUCUGCCUUGAAUUGUUUAUCGCUGCUUAAUUCUUGACAGCUGCUAAAUAAAUGGUCUUUGGUUGUUUUUUAAUCAAUCACAAUAAAAACCCAGGCUACUAUAGCCUACUACGUCACAUCACUACAAACUUGUCUGUAAGUUACACAUUUGUAAUUGACAUUAACUGUCUUUACGUGUUUUUUUACCGCUCUCGGUAACUCCCAAAGCAAAUCCUAACGGUAUUUUCUCUCUGUACACUGUACUUGUUGGUUCCUGUCAAAAGUAACUGUCGAGAGAAAAUACCUUGGGGCUGAAAUUCUGAAUGGAUGCUGCGUUUCUUCAAGGCGCCAGAAGGUGGAAUGUUCAACAAGAAACUUGACCUUCUCAAAAAGGUUUUCUUCCUUGUCAAAGAUGGCAAGGAAAUAUUUCUAUAUCUAACCAUUUAAUAUAGAACAGAGACUGGGGUUGUCACACAAGACAUGUGAGAAGGACUAGGCCUACAUCUCAGAAUCUGGUUUUGUACCAUGUGCACAAAAACUUGUUUUCUAAAGCAGU